AUGGGAGAGGAGGUCAAAGAAAAUGCAAAUAAUGACUUAGAAAACUCUAGCUUCAAGGAAGACUAUAUUGGAAUCCUUGAACUCUCUCUUAUUGAAAGAUUGCGUGAGUAUAUGUAUCAAUAUUUUGCAAAAAUUCAAACAGAUACUAAUCCCAAAUUCGUUUUUUCGGUUGUCACAGGUAUAUUCUUAUGCAUUCAAGCAAUCUUUCCUGCUUUAAUGCAACAAGCUGAUAUACAACAUGAAACAUCAACCAUUGGAAGAGGAAUGAGAAUUAUUUCAGUACUUUGGUGUGGAGGUGGUGCAUUUGAUGGCGAAGCACCCUUCAUCACAUCAAUAAUAGCAUCAAUUAUUACUUUGUUAAUCAUAAUUACCAUUUCUUUUAGAAGUUUUAUUUAUUCGAAAGUCAAAUCAAUGAAACCGACAGAAAUUAAUCUCAUGUUUACAAUUAGUACGUAUAUACUGCCAAUUUUAACCUCUUUUACAACGUGUUGUGUAGGAGAUGGAAUUUAUAAAAUUACCAACGGGUCGAUUACAGCUUUCGAAAUAAUAUCUGUUUUGCUAGCAAUAUUUGUAUUCAUUAUAUAA